UCUACACGAUGGACAUCAUGCUUGGAUGUCCACCCGGAAGGAAGCUAGUCUUUGAUCUCCAGCUCAGCAUUGACGUCCUUCAAACGACUUUCUACUAUGACUGUCCUAUUGUGAAGGAAAACAGACCUUGCCUGCAUUAUCAUGAUGCGUUCCGUCCAAUGUUCAAGGUUGUGGAUUUCACGACAGGAGAAGCUAGUCUCUUUGAAGGCCUCUACACUCUGACUGUGCUGGGUGGGAGCCAUUCAAGUGAAGAGGAUAUUGUUCUCUUUACACCCGAAGAGCAGCAAAGAUAUAAUAACUUAGAUAUAUCUGGAUCACGUAUAUUGCAGCCUGUCAAGGUAGAGAGCAUAAUAAACGACUCCAUCCCUGUAUACUCUCUCCACAACAACACCAUCAAGUGGGUCUGCAAAGGGGGAUCCCCCUGCUCUGACGUCCCACCGAGCAAACUUCUACGCAGUCCCGAGUACUAUUUCCUCAUUGAGAUGUCAAACCAUGGGGUUGAUACAGACUCAACCUACUGCCAAUACGAUCUGCAGUUUGUUGUGCAUGUGCAUGGCAUGGAUAUUGGGAGCAAGAGCGCAGUGUUAAUUGUUGUGUGGUCUUUUGUGGUCACCAUACUGGUUGUCUGCCUCUUCAUUGUAUGCAACUACAAGGAAAGGCGCUUGUGGAAUCGCUUGAAGGCCUCCUGCACUAGACGUGACCGUACUCGGAGGGUUGUACCGGUCAGCAGCGAUUCAUCGGAGGAGAUAGAGCUGGAAGUACACUACAGGGAAGGUAUAGCUCAUAGGCCAAUCGGAUUAUCCACAACAAGCACUGUCAUUGAGAGAUUAGUAAAAAAUGAUGAAGAUUAUUAUGGCUUCCCUCUAGAUGAAUAUGAUGAAUUAGAAUACACAGGAAACAUGGACUCGUCAAGGCAUAGAACAAACAGCCUCCACCAUCGCUCCGUGUCAUCAAACAUUCUAGAUCGAUCAAAAACGUGAUGUCUUGUUUUGUAAAUAGUUUCAUGCAACUUUUUAUAUUACUGAUGUCGAGAGAUAAAACUGAUGGUUUUGAAGCAGUACUCUCAAAUCUGCUAUCUCUUUGAUAGACCCAAUAGAUAAUCAAUAUCUUCCUGUUAGGUAUCGAGAGCAACAAACAUUGCCUUGCCAAUAUCAAGAUAUUAAUUCCUUUUGUGCGAGGUGGAAAAAUUGUCAGUAGAAUUGAAAUUUACUUUCUACCUCAAAAAUGAAUUACCCUAGUGUAAAAGUAAAAAAAAGAAGCACUGAUCGGAACCUCGACCACGUUGAUGAGAGGAUUCAAGCUAUCCUAAAUGAAUGGACAUGUUGAAAGGUUAACAUUUUCACCAAUCUGUAAUCUUUAACCACAGAUUAAGAUCAGAUGUGAAACUGUCACCUUUUAAA